CAAAAUUCAAGUAUGACCCUGAAAAUGAGCAUGAUAUGGGACCUUUAAGAUAUCACAUCUUCCUCAGUCACAGCUGUUAUCUUUGAUCACAGCAUGUGGGUCAGUUUUAGGAGUCUGAGUUUCUGCUUUUGGAAAUGACGACGUGUGAGUCUGCCAUAAAAUGCCUUCAAAGAACAGACAAUUCCUUCUGCUACUAAGAUGUUGCUGCAUCCAGCAAUGCUUUUGAAUCUAUGCUCUGGUUUUCGAGGUGUGUUGCACUUCAUCUUUUGUCCUCUAGAUGACCAACAAGACGAGCUUGAGUCUGCAGCUGCAGAGCGACCAGAGGAGCAGCUUUAAGCUAACACUAGCACAUCACAACAUUAUUAACUAACUAACCCCAAUCUGGGGCUUUAAUCACUCACUGGUGUUUGCUAGCUUGUCCAAGGCUGGCUUCACUGGCGGCCAAACAUGCAGAAAUAUGAAAAGCUUGAAAAAAUUGGAGAGGGUACCUACGGGACAGUUUUCAAGGCUAAAAACAGAGAAACCCACGAAAUUGUGGCUUUGAAAAGGGUCCGGUUGGACGACGACGAUGAGGGGGUGCCAAGUUCUGCUCUGAGAGAAAUCUGCCUUCUGAAGGAACUAAAGCAUAAAAACAUUGUCAGACUACAUGAUGUGUUGCACAGUGACAAGAAGUUAACCUUGGUGUUUGAAUAUUGUGAUCAGGAUUUGAAGAAGUAUUUUGACAGCUGCAAUGGGGAUCUAGAUCCUGAAACUGUGAAGUCAUUCAUGUACCAGCUGUUGAAAGGCCUCGCUUUCUGUCACAGUCGAAACGUUCUUCAUCGAGAUCUGAAGCCGCAGAAUCUCCUCAUAAACAGAAAUGGGGAGUUGAAGCUGGCUGACUUUGGGUUGGCUCGAGCCUUUGGCAUUCCUGUGAGGUGUUACUCCGCAGAGGUGGUGACAUUGUGGUACCGGCCUCCUGAUGUGCUAUUUGGUGCUAAACUUUAUUCUACCUCAAUUGACAUGUGGUCUGCUGGAUGCAUAUUUGCAGAGCUGGCUAAUGCUGGACGGCCUUUAUUCCCCGGGAACGAUGUGGACGACCAGUUGAAAAGAAUCUUCAGAUUGUUGGGUACACCGACUGAAGAACAGUGGCAGACAAUGACGAAACUCCCCGAUUACAAGCCAUAUCCCAUGUACCCAGCCACCACCUCGCUGGUGAAUGUGGUUCCCAAACUAAGUAGCACAGGACGGGAUCUACUCCAGAACCUGUUAAAAUGUAAUCCUGUCCAGAGGAUCUCUGCAGAAGAGGCCUUGCAGCACCCUUACUUUGCUGAUUUCUGCCCACCCUAAACGCUAAAUGGCCACUCGCUGAACCUCAGCCGCCAGAAUCAAUCAUCCUUCACUCGGUUGGGUCAUUAGGACCGGUACCAGCAAAGGCAAAUCCCUCACCGGUUUUUCAAACACUCCCCUGCAUUUCAUUCUGUUGUGCCUCUGUGUGGAACAAAGUCCUGGUGGCUCCUGCAAGGUUUUAGGUUCUUUUUAAGAUGCAAGCUUGUUUAAUUUGGUACAUAUACGCCUCCCAGUUAAAUUAGCACUAAAUGUGGGAGGGUGCACUAUGUGUUGCAAUGAAUACAUUUUAUACCUGUGGAAACAACAAGACGCCCAAUUAAUUGCUCCCAUUAAUAGAAGUCUUAACAUUGGUGGCGACUGUAGACAGAUACAUGAGUUUUGAUGCCAAUAUUGAUAUUAGAAAAUGUAAUAACAGUAUAUUGGCCAUAAACAAACAUGUUUUUGAUGUGGAUCACUUAAAUUUGGUUAUUAAAGAAUUGAGAUAUGUGUCACUAUUUCUCAGUGAUCUAAAACAUAUCUUUGGCAUUUCUGUACCGCAGUUUGUUGUUACUUAUUAGCCACAAUAUAAGCAAUAUGAAUUAACUAGGAGACCACAGAUUCCUGGGGCAGCUAAUGCUACAAUGUCGCGGUUUCAAAGCUAAAUUAAAUUGAUUUGUCAGUUUUAGAAUCACAAGCAAGAGUUUAAUUUGAACAUUUUAAAGGCUUAAGUCAAUGUGUUUCUUGUUCGGAUUGUAUGUUAUUUUGUUUUGUAUCACUUUCUUAUACAAGUCUGUAAUUUCAAAAUAAUUUCCUAGGAUUUUUUUUCUGGAUAGAACUACUGUAUGUGAUUUGGUACUAAUUUCUUUAUUUGAAAGAAUUACUCUUGAGUAAAUAUUUAUAAAUUGUUCACCUAUUCUUGGGAACUUUAUUCUCCAUAUAUACUAAAUUGCAUGUUUCUGUACACAAAUUAAAAAUGUUUGCAUGUUCAGUUGGUCUGCUCUGCACUGACUUAGAGACUCUGGAGGUCAUGCUACAGUAGCUAUUAAUUAGAAAGUAGUAAUUGGAAGUGUAGCAAUUAAACACGGCUUCUGUUUUCCCUGUAAUUAGUACCAAAUUACACACUUAUUUCCGGGAGAUUAUUAGGCAAUUGCAGACCUGUAAAAUACACUGUUUUUAUUAUUUUUUACUUUUUAGACCAGAACAGAUUACAUGAUGUUUCACAUACCAACAGUACAACUCUUUGUCCCACUACCUAUUACAAGAUUGUAUCAUAGCAUGGGAAAGCUAAUUUAUGAUUUUCUUUUUUUUCUCAGGCUUUUUAUUUCCCCUUUUUUUGUAUUUUUGUGCACUUUGUAACUUUUAUUUUAAAUUGUUUAGUAUAUCAAUAUUAAAUAUGUUGAACACUGACAGCCAGGAUUACAGCCGGUUAUCAAUAAAUGGGCCAAUAUACAUAUAUAAGUUAAUGACUAGUGGACCAUUAGUGACACAUUAUUAUUUUUUUUUACAUCAUAAUUAUACUGAUGUCUUUUAGCUUUUCUGAAAUGCUUUUGUAAUUGUCAAAUUAGAGAUGAAAGAAUCCAGGUAAUCCACUGAUGCUCUGUAUUUUCAUAUGAUUGUUUUGCACCAUUAGCUGUUUCCAUUCUGGUUACUUAUUCUAUUAACAUGGUUAACAGCUUGCAGUGUUAUUUUACUCCAGAUUACAGCGCUACUUAUCCCAUAAAACGCCUACAUAAUGAGUUGUGUUUGAAGUAGCUGGAAAAGGGUUUAUUUUCAUUUUGCUGAUGUAAGACAAGAUAAUGGAUGCAUGUAUUUAUUAAUGAUGGAAUGUCUGCUCAUUUGUUUUGCAUUCGUUUAAAUGUAGCACAACUUCAUUUGGUACAGAAACUCCUUUUGAAUGAUUUAAUGUUACUCAGAUCUAAGGCAUUUAGCAGGCUCUUUUUAGGAUUUAAAAUGUUUGAAGGCUUGUGUGUGUGUGGAUUAAGUUAUAAUGAAAAAACACAAAAGCAUUUGCUCUCAGUAUUUCAUUAUCUCCCGAUGACAGAACAUUUCAGACAAAUUGCUGUAGAGUUACUUUAUACGGCUUACAUUUUGAUUUUGAAUGAAGAGUGGAUUUUGCACUUUGCUAGUAUCUUCGUUUUUGUUGGUCGAACUUGGAACAAAUGUUGUCAGUGAUUCUAUUUGUGUAUAUUUCAGCCAAUAAGACUCAGUAUUCAGUAAAGUGGACUUAAAUACA